AUGGAUACUGCUACAACCGCGACUCCCCUUCACGUGUGUGAAUCUGAUUAUCCUAAUGCCCCCAAGGAGGAGCCUUUCACCCUUCCUCCUGCCUACGACCCCGAACAAGGCUCUGCCCCCCAGGCAGCCCCAGUGGUGACCAAUGCUGAUGUGAGCAGCGGUGAGCCGCCGCAAAUGAGCGAUGUCGUCAAGAGGCUACUUAAAACCAGAUUCUGCCGUUAUGGGGAUCACUGCAAGUACGGUGCUAGGUGCUUCUACGCCCACAGCCCCGAGGAGCUGAGGCAGAGGCCUCCCCCUCCUCCUGGUUACCGCAAGGGCUUCCCUCAAGGACAUACAGCUCCCUUCCCUCCAGAGCAUAUGGCCGCUAUGGUGGCUUUUCAAGCCACUGCUUCCAGUGAUGCUACCGAUGUUGUCAAGACGAAUUUGAAGUACUGA